CAAACAUGCAAUCGAUCGUCAAAUAUUUAAACUUUCGAUGUGCGCCACAUGAAGAAAUAGAUCUCCGAAGAAAUGGCAAUUGGAUUUAUAGGGGCUGGCAGAAUGGCCCAAGCCAUGGCAAGGGGAUUUAUUGCAACAGGUGUUAUCAAAUCACAGAACAUUAUAGCGAGUGAUCCAGAUCCCAGAAUGCUGAAGUUUUUAAAGAAUCAUGGUAUCACAACAACGCUAGAGAAUACAGAAGUUGUGGAUAGGAGUAAAAUGAUAGUUAUAGCAGUCAAACCCAACGUUGUAUCUAAAGUACUCAAGGAGGUCAAAGAUCAUGUGACAAUGGACAAAAUAAUGGUAUCCAUAGUAGCAGGAGUUCCCCUGUCUAUAUUAGAAGAGAAUCUACCUCCUGAUACCAGAGUGGUUAGGGUGAUGUCAAACAUUCCCGUCACUGUACAAGCAGCAGCGUCUGUGAUAUCUCUUGGUGCUGGUGCCCUGCCAGAUGAUAGUGAACUUGUCAGGGAACUGCUACAAUGUAUAGGGAUUUGUGAGGAAGGAUCUGAGAGUUUGUUAGAUGCAGUGACAGGACUGAGUGGAAGUGGGCCUGCAUAUGCUUUUACUGCAAUAGAAUCUUUAGCCGAUGGUGGUGUGAAGAUGGGACUUCCAAGGGAUUUAGCAAUUAAACUAGCUGCUCAGACAUUACUGGGAGCUGCUAAAAUGGUUUUGGAAUCUGGUAAACAUGUAGGACAACUAAAGGAUGAAGUCUGCUCACCAGGGGGCACCACAAUAGCUGCAAUGCAUUCUCUCGAAAGAGCUGGAUUUAGAGCAAGUUUAAUAAAUGCUGUUGAAAUAGGAACAUUAAAAGCCAGAGAACUUGGAUCUCAAAAAAAGAAAGAGAGCCUUGAGGUUAAUGACUCGCCUGCGACUUCUGUUGCAGAAAACUAGACAGUAAUAGUGUCAUUAUAGUGAUGCGGCAGCGGCGGUGGCUAAAACUAUUAACUAAUUUCAAAGCUUGAUAUUUCAGAAAGUAAAAGAAAGACCUGGAUGCCUCAUAAUUUGUAAAUAGCUGCCUUAUGUUAUGAAGUUUAUGCCCCUUUACAGAUGGAAAAAUUGCUGUUGUUCCUAACUUAAGUUUGCCUCAACCAAAUGUUAUGAAUCUUAUACACAAAUCUUAUUACCACAAAACUCAGAUCAAGUACAAAUUUGGGCAGCGUCACUUUUAUCGUUCUGAAGUAAUGUCCCUUUAUAACAUUAUAUGCAAGCGGGGGUAUCAUCUGUGUCUCAUUGACACAUUUUCCAUUUAUUUGUAAUGUUAAUUUUUCUCUUAUUAUGAGUAACAGGAUAACUAUAUUUGGUAUGUGCAUACCUUGCAAGGUCCUUAUGCCUGUCAGACAAUUUUCACUUGAACUGGUCCUUAUUUCAUGGAUCAUUGAACAAGGUUAAGUUUUUGUGGUCAAAUCAAUAUCUCAAAUACUACAGGCAAUAGGUCUACUAUAUUUUGUGUAUGUAAUGAUUUUAAGGUGUCUAUGUCCAACUGGCAUGUGUCAUCUGACCUAAACCUCAUUUUCAUGGUUCAUUGGACAAUGUUUAGUUUUUGUGGUAACUUUGGUCUAUUUCUCAGAUAUUAUAAGCAAUAGUUCAAAUAUAUUUGGUGUAUGGAAACAUUGUAGGGUAUACAUGUCUGUAGGUUUAUAUGACCUUGAUCUCAUUUCCAUGGUUCAUUGGUCAACAAUAAGUUUCCUAAUUUUGUAAGAUCAUCAGAUACUAUAUUCAAUAGGCAUGAUAGGUCAACUAUAUUUGGUGUAUGGAAUGAUUGUAAGGGGUACAUGUCUGUCUGGCAUGGUUCACCAGACUGUGACCACAUUUUCAUAGAACAUUGACAAUGAUAAGUGUAUGCGAUACUUGUAGUAAAACCUUCAUAUGACGAGAUAUUUCAGCGUGUGCACUCUUGUACCAAGAUCUUAAUAUGCAUCAUGGAAUUCAAGUUACUUUUAUAAUAUUUGUUCAAAAUGGAAGUAAUAUUCUGGAAUAUUAUUUCUACUUGAAGAAAUAUUACAGUAUUUUGUCAUUAUGAAAGAGUAUAGAAUACUAUAGCAUUGUUUUAGCAAAGUAUCCAGAAGAGCUUUUGUCAGAAGGAACAAAUAAACAUUCAGUGGUUGUCGUUUGUUGCUGUAUAUCAUAUUUGUUUUUAUUUUUUGUUUGUCUAUAAAGCAGGCCAUAAGUUGUCUCGUUUGAAUUGAUUUACAUUUGUCAUUUCAGGGUCUUUUAUAGCUUACGAUGCCGCAUGGGUUUAACUCAUUGUUGAAGGCUGUACAGUGACCUAUAGUUGUUAGCUUCUACAUCAUUUUGUCUUUGGGGGAGAGUUGUCUCAACUCAUUGGCAAUCAUACUUAUUUAUUUUUCUAUUGACAAGAUUUUCUAAAAUUUUCACAGUGGAUAUUUUUAGAACAAAGCUUAAAUUAAAUAAAGGAAAUUCUUAUUUGAGAAUUGAUUGUAUAUAAUGAAUGUGAUAACCAGAAACUUACUGAUAUACAGUAUCCCAAAUGUAAAAAGUACAAAUAUUUCAUGUAAACAAAUAUAUAGACAUGGCAAUUUCAAUCACAGUGAAACCUGUUUGAAAAAAAAAACUGUUUCUGAAUAAUGUGACUUUUUUUAGAAUUUAUGUUUGCAUUUUGACCCAGAUUUUGUGGUUCACUGAAUAUGAAAAUGUGAUAGUGUGAAAUAAGUACAUUCUCAGGUAUAAGUUAUGGUUUAAGGUAGUUAAACAUGAAGUCAUGGUCACAAAACUUAAAAAAACAUGUUCAUCAUGAUUUAGAUUUUAAAAAAUAUUUUUACCCAUUUUUUAUAGUUCAGUGAACAGGAAAAAUGAUAGUAUGAGUGUAGUUAAAGGUCAAAUUGACACAUUUUUUGUUUUUUAGUUCAAUUUUUUUUUAUAAGGAACUUGUGAAAAGAGAAAAAAGUUCUAUUUGUGUGUGAAUAAGGAUUUUACUCAUUUUUUGUUUCGUUUAUUGUUUUUUACACAAAAACAGGCUGUUAAUUUUCUCAUUUGAAUUGUUUUUCAUUUGUCAUUUAGGGGCCUUUUAUAGCUUGUUAUGUUGUAUUGGGUUUGCUCAUUGCUGAAGGCUGUACCAUGACCUAUAGUUGCUUACCUUCUAUGCCAUUAGGUCUCUGGUGGAGAGUUGUCUCAUUGGCAAUCAUAGUACAUUUUCUUAUUUUUAUAUGUAUCUCAUAUUGAUUAAUUUUAUCAUUAACAGAUUGUUACUUCAAAAAAUUUCUUCAUAUUUCAUGUAUUUGAUAAUAUAUUGAUUGUUAUUUAUAAUAACAUAUUUUUGCAUCUUAGAAAAAAAGUCAUUUAACCACACCAAAGAUUUAUACACAACAGCUGUUACAGUAAAACCUGAACUCAUGAAAUAUAUGUUAAUUGUUACAGCAUUAUUGUUUUGUUACAGUUAAAUCAGUUUAUUUGACUUCUUUGCUAUCAGAUUUGUAGUACUAUAGAAGUUUCAUUUUAACGUAAUGUACUACGCAGAACUUUAGAAUAGAGAAUUAUUUUAUAUUCGACAGUAUUAUAGGGUUAUUGUGUAAAUAUUGGUGAAAAUUGUCCAAAGUAGAUUUACAAUUUACACAAUCUUGCUAUACAAUGUAUAUUCUAUGAGGGAUAAUAGUCACCAAUAUUCAUUCAAUAACCCUUUUAUUAUAUACCAAAGCUUGAAAAACUGUUUAAAAGAAUAGUUUUUUAAUCUAUUUUGUUUCAGUGCAAUACCAUAGAUUAUUAUUAUUUUGUAUAUAUUUUAACUAAUUUGAAUUGUUCAAAAAGAUUCACUUGUUCAUUUGUAUUUUCAAUGGUAGACUGAGAACCACCGAUAGAAAAGUGAUAAUGCAGUUAUUUUUAAAAUUUCUAAAAAUAGAAAUCUAAAACCUCAAUACUUUGUGAUGCAAUUGUAACAGCCAAUCAAAUGAAAUUCCACGCUAUUUCCAAUGUAUUGACAAUAAGAAUAUGGGUAACAAUUUUAGUCUUUAUAUGAGUUUGAUACGAGGAUAUGUAGACCUAAAGAAGAUACGAGGAUAUGUAGACCUCAAGAAGUAUAAUGACCUCAGACUUCAUCCUCAGUCCAUAUACUUCUUUCAGGUCGAAAUAUCCUCGUAUCAACAUCAUUUAAAGACUAUAAUUGUAUAAAAUUGCACUUUAUUUUAGCGUUAAAUUCUGUGGGAAAAUCAUUUUGCUUUACAAUAAUAAAUAUGAAAUUUUAUAUUAUGAAUUCAUUAUUUUUUGUGGUAUACCAAUUAUUAUGGAUUUCUUGGAUAAAGGUGAAACACAAAUUCAAAUGUUCAACAAAGUAUAAAUUUUCCAUUAGACUGUAUGCAGACUUUGAGAAACCCUGAAAUCAAAUGAUAUUAUAAAUUGUUUGAACAAAUCAUUGGUACCCAGGAAAAUAGAUGAAUCUAAAGUAAUGGAGACAUAAAUUGCAGGAAGAUAAAUGAAUCUAAAGUAACAGAGACAUAAAUUGAAAGAGUUAUUCAUUUAUUUGUUUUUUUUUUUAAAUCCAUAUUUGAUCUCUUUGUUAAUGAAAACAUUUUAUAUUUGAUGGAAUACUAUUGUUUAGUGUACAUUUAAGUAAAAAACUGGAUGCUAAAUGUUUAUGAUUGUGAUAUAUAUUGUAAUAAAUAAAUGUGAAAAUUUA